AUGGGGUCCAGGGCUGGCCCCAGGCUGCUGACUCGGGUUUCCCCGAAGCUCCUCACUCUGCUCUACAGAAACGGGCCCGAAUGGCGCACAAACCGACUGAAGCUGAACCCAGAGCUGCUGUCGCCUCAGGCUGUUCACAAGUACCUCCCCAUGGUGGACGGGGUGGCAAGAGAUUUCUCAGAUAUGCUCAAGUCGAGAGUGCUGCAGAAUGCCCGGGGAAGUCUGACCGUGGACAUCAAGCCCAGCAUCUUAUACUACACCAUAGAAGCCAGCAAUUUAGCCCUUUUUGGAGAGAGGCUGGGCCUCCUUGGACAUAGCCCGAGUGCUGCCAGCCUGAACUUUAUCCGGGCUCUGGAGACCAUGUUAAAGUCCACCACAGAGCUCAUGUUCAUGCCCAGGGCCCUGUCACGCUGGACAAACACCAAGGCGUGGAAGGAGCACUUUGAGUCCUGGGACUGCAUCUUCCAGUAUGCCAACAAUGCCAUGCAGAAGCUCUACCAGGAGCUGGCCCUCGGCCGCCCACGGCACUACAGCGGCAUCAUGGGGGAGCUGCUGAUGCACGCGGACAUGUCCCUGGAGGCCAUCAGGGCCAACUCCAUCGAGCUCACCGCCGGCAGCGUGGACACGACGGCCUACCCCCUGUUGAUGACGCUCUUCGAGCUGGCUCGGAACCCUGAAGUGCAGCAGGCCCUACGUCAGGAGAGCCUGGAGGCCGAGGCCAGGAUCUGGGAGAAUCCCCAGAGCGCAACCUCGGAACUACCCUUGCUGCGGGCAGCCAUCAAGGAGACCUUACGGCUGUACCCUGUGGGGAUCUCGGUGGACCGAAAUGUGUCUUCGGACGUGGUGCUGCAGAACUACCACAUCCCGGCAGGGACUUUGGUCAAGGUGCUACUCUACUCCUUGGGUCGAAACCCCUCUGUGUUUGAGAGGCCCGAGCGCUAUCAUCCCCAGCGCUGGCUGGACAACAAGGGCUCUGGCACCAGACACCCACACCUGGCCUUCGGCUUUGGUCUGCGCCAGUGCCUGGGGCGGCGCCUGGCAGAGGCAGAGAUGCUGCUGCUGCUGCACCACGUGCUGAAAAGCUUCCUGGUGGAGACGCUGAGGCAGGAGGAUGUAAAGAUGAUCUACCAGUUCAUACUUUCCCCCUCCACCCUCCCCCUCCUUACCUUCCGGGCCAUCAGCUAAUCACGCCACCGUGAUGUCGGGCCAGUACUGCUGCCACCCCCUUCCGCCUGACCUCCAGCCCCCCUCGUUUUCUCCCACGAAACCUGCUUCCAGAGCCACAGCACUGUCCAGCCAGGGCCUUUCCCCAAGGAUCAGGGGGGUGAAUCUGGACCGCAGGUCCGGCCUGUGAGCCCAGUCCCACCAGCUCCUUCUCCAGCAAGGAGCACCAUGGGAGGGCCUUUCCCCGUGUCGCCACCAGCACUACCUCCAGGGGCCUCAGGUCCUCCCCUCCAGAUCCACCCCCACCUGC